UAUGAGCCUCAUAGGAGACGUUGAAGCCCGCUAUUAAAUUAGAAGAAGAAGCGCUCAUAACAUCCAAUUCUGAAACCGGUAGAAAUGGGAGUCUCAAGGUUACCGUAUGCAGCGCUUUCUCUGAAACAGUUCUUACAGAGACAACGGGUUUUGGGGAUCUACAGAAACAUGAUGAGGACAAUACGGAAGGUUCCAGAUGAGGCAGACAGGAAGUACCUCAGUGACUGGGCGAGACAAGAGUUCAAGAGGAACAAGAACGCCCAAGAUCCGGAUGCCAUCCGCAUGAUGAUCACACAAGCCAACAACCAUUUGGAGGAUCUGCAGAAGUCUUUGGCUCUGGCUGGCAGUUAAAUACUUGGACCUACUGGGGACUUAUUUGGAGAAACCUUCUGAUGACAGUAGUGUCGUUGUAGCGACCGAUGAGAUGUCUUGACACUGCUUUGACUGGACAUCUUUUUAACGGAUGGAUUGAUGGAACUAUCCCAGAGGCCUCAUCCUGGAAAACGUCCUGUGCUGCUUCUCAGCACAAAGCUAUCAACCUAUUUGCCAGACUUUUGUUUGUGCUGUAUAUUUUAUAUAUUGUAAGUAUUAAAAAAGGAACAAAUUAACCUGAAGUCAGAACUGUUUUCUUUUUUUACAAGAUGUGUUCAGGCAUUAUUCAUAUUGUUAUUGUUAUAUGGUAAACAUAUCACCAUGUAUGAGCUUCACUUCAUUAAGCAUACAGCAACACAACUGAAUUCUUAAUGGGCUCAGGCCCAAAAUUGAAGAUAGAUAGAUAAAUGCUGGUUUAUUAAUUAGAUUGAUUUAAUAGAUGUUUUCUUUUCUUUGAGAGCUUAUAAAUGCAUAUAUUUCUUUAAAUGGAAUAGUUUCUCAUAAUAAACAUUAACAGGCCUGACCUUUCUAAAUUUGAAGGUAAAUAGCAAUUGUAUGAAAGGCCUUACGACAAUUAUGAAGACAUUAGCAGUAUUUGCUGACUGCAAGUAUUCUGUAAGAGGAAAAUAAAUGAGAAAAUUGUA